GCAACUCAUACUUCAGCUUCGCAUGCUGACGAAGAAAGGGAUCAUGAAACACAAAGCCACACACGAUUCCAUCCCUCUGUUUUCUCUCCUGAUCCACCCUUCUUCUUCUUCUUCUACUUCUGAACUCUUCCCGAGCAAUCACCAAACAAGAUCAUGAGACUGAUAGUCCCACUGCAAGGCAUAGUCCAAGGCCGAGGAGGCUUGAUCCUGGGCUCCCUCAUCCCCUGCGCUCUCUUCUACUUCCUCCAGUUCCAUCUCAAGCGCCGCUGCUCGCCCUCCCGCCCCGCCGACCUCCCCCGCUCCGCCUCCCGCUCUCCUCUCUCCACCCGCGGAUCCCUCGCUCCCGCCCGGCUUUCCGAUAGAGCCGAAUCGAUUGCGAGGCCGAAUGAAUCGCCGUACUAUGUGGGAUUAGAUAGAGUUUCGCAGGACCCUUUUGACGAAGUUGAGAACCCGGGCGGGAUUAUCCAGCUAGGAUUGUCCGAGAACAGGUUGUGCUUGGAUUUGAUUGAAGAAUGGCUGUCUGAGAAUCUGACUGGUGCAAUGAUUGGACAUGGAGGUGACAAGGGUCAUUCGGGCAUCGGUGGCAUCACGGAAUACCAGCCUUCUGAUGGCCUGAUGGAAUUGAAAGUGGCAAUGGCGGGCUUCAUGUCAAAGGUUCUGGGACGAGGGGCCUCGUUUGAUCCAUCGCGAAUUGUACUAACUGCUGGUGCAACUCCCGCUGUAGAGAUUUUGUGCUUUUGCUUGGCUGAUCCCGGAAAUGCAUUUAUUGUUCCCACACCCUAUUAUCCCGGUUUCGACAGGGAUAUGACCUGGCGAACUGGAGUUGAGCUGAUUCCAGUUCAUUGUCGCAGCGCCGACAAUUUUAUUCCAAGCAUCGCUGCUCUUGAUCAAGCUUUCAAUCAAGCCAGAAAAAGGGGGCAGAGAGUUCGGGGAAUCCUUAUCUCUAACCCAUCAAACCCUGUGGGCAAUUUACUGCCACGUGAAACGCUCCAUAAUCUUUUGGACUUUGCCCAAGAAAAGAAUAUCCACAUAAUCUCUGAUGAGAUAUUUGCAGGUUCCAUUCAUGGGAACGAAGAAUUCGUGAGCUUGGCCGAGAUUUUGGAUGCGGGAGAAUUUGACAAGAACAGGGUUCAUAUAUUAUACGGUCUGUCAAAGGAUCUAUCUCUAGCGGGCUUUAGAGUUGGGGUUAUAUAUUCAUAUAAUGACAAUGUUUUGGCUGCUGCCAAAAAACUAACCAGAUUUUCUUCUGUCUCUGUGCCCACUCAGAGGUUACUAAUUUCUUUGCUUUCAGACACAAGCUUUAUUGAGAGAUAUCUAGAAACAAAUAGAAAGAGGAUACGGGAGAUGUAUGAUUUAUUUGUGGGUGGCCUAAAAGAACUAGGAUUCAAGUACGUGGAGAGCAGUGGUGGUUUGUAUUGUUGGGUGGAUAUGAGUGGACUUAUUCGCUCCUACAAUGAGAAGGGGGAGCUUCAGUUGUGGGACAAGCUUCUGAAUGUUGCAAAGGUCAACGCAACACCUGGUUCGGCAUGCCACUCCAUAGAACCGGGCUGGUUCCGUUGUUGUUUUACUACAUUAUCAAGAGACAACAUUCGUAUUGUAAUAGAAAGGAUUCGUAAAGUUGCUGAAAUGUGUAAACCUUCAAGAUGAUGAAUCAUCUAUCAGUUGUACAUACUGUUUCUCAUAAAUAUGUUGUGACCAUUGCAAAGUUAAAGGGGAGUUAAGGAGACAUGCACUGCUAUUUAGAGAUUGAACGAUACUUAGUUUAGCUUUUGGGAUAGCUGUCCGAAUAGAAAUUGACUGAAGAUUGGAAUAGAACUUGCUUUCAUCUUUAUGACCUCAGGCCAGCUUGAAUCUUAACUGACGCUUGCAACUGAAACCUUUGAGCAUUUUGCUGCCUGAUUCAAAGAUGCCGCAUCCGAAAGCACUCUGUCUUGCAAAUUCCUGCGAUAGCAUGACAGAAAGGUAAUUCAUUAAUUUUCUUGGGAAUAUUUUGAGAAACAUAUUCAGUCUCAGUCCUGUUAGUGUCAACAAGGAAGCCCCAUCAAUUCUAAUUCCGUUAAUGCUCUUCUUAGGGACUCUUUGUGUUGCGCAAUUGUUAAAUGACACUUAUACUUUCAUGUUUGUGCAAUAACGAAAAUACUGAGAUGCUUUUGAGUUACCAUCGACAGGUUUUGUUUUCUCUUGUGCACGGCUUUCCUCCUGCAACUCAUCCUCCGGCUCAUCAGCAUGAGCUCCCCAAGAGUCCUCGGUCGUCUUACCAUGAGGCUGCUAUUACUUUCUCUAUCCACAGUCGUAGCAUUUAGCUCUGAUACACUAGAAGGCUUUCUCUCAGAGGACUCAACUUUUUCUAGGAAACCAGAGUUCGGUGGAAUUAUUGGAAAGAGGCAUUCCAAGAAGGAAGCACCCACAAGGCUUGAAGUUCCAGACACAGAACUGCUCCUGCUACUUUUAGAGUCUGAAGCUGGUGAUGAAAGACCGGAUUGAAUCUCUGGACCAGAAUUGUCCCUCGAAGAGAUCAUUUGCACCGGAACGGCUGUAGAGAUCGUUGUAGACGACAAAAACAAAUUUACCAGAACAGAGGGUGGGGAACUAAAUGAAUUAUCAUCCGUUUCAAAGAGAAAUGGUUCAACAUCCAACUCAGAUGUUUCGUCAAUCGAGCCACUAUCACCAUCAUCAUCGCUAAAUUCUCUAUAAGAACCAUUGGCUUCAAGGCAAUGGGAGGGAGGUAGAGGCAAUGGUGCGCCAAUGAGGUUUGUGUUCGAGGUCAGUCUUUUGGAUUCUUUUGGUGGCUGUGAGAUAGAGGUGAGUGGUUUUCCCGGUUUCUCCUCCCAUGUGAAGGGGAUUGAAGCAACUAGCUUGGCUGGUGGUGGAAAUGGCCUAGACAAAGAAGCUUUGUCCUUCCAGUCCUUUUUGGGCAUUCCGGGCCUCUCUUCCCAAAGAAAUGGCACUGAAGGCGGUUGCCUGACACGCUUCUUUUUGGGAUCUUCCACCUCCUUCUCAGGCAUAUUGGGUGGAGAAGAAGUGGCAGAUAGAUUAUGUGCUAUUGCAUCUGCAGUUACAUAGUCGUUAUAUGUGUGCAUGGGAGUUCUAUGUCCUGCCUGAACCGUUCCAACGUACUAGGAUGCUACUGAGUGGAUUGGAGUUGACCAACUUUAUGUUCUACCUGCACCAUUUCCUGCCAUAAGAGAGUAGGAUUACCUGCACUCUGACGUGUGAUUCUCAAGAAUUUUAAAUAACAAAAGGACAAACUGGUGAAUGUUUGCAACUUGACACCGAUCCCACGCAAGAGAGUUCUAGUAAGAGUCAAGUUUGUGCUUUCCUAACAUGUCCAUCACCUUCCUUUGAUCGUUUCUCGAUUUUUGGUUAAGAAUCAGACAAUGCCUUCGUCCAAGUUGUUUUACUGCAGCAGAGCUCAUCAGGUCCUGUGAAUUACGAGUUAUCUCUUUUCU